ACUCUUUCUUCAAAAUGUUGCCCUCUGCCAUGUCUGGGUGGAAAAGUCUGGCUACAACGCCAACGGUCAGAGCUGCCGCAUCGACCUGCACUGCCGCAACCCCUUUCCCGGCGGUGCACUGGGCCCAGCUCUGCCCGACCUGGGCAUUGACGUGACUGUGCGCACAGCCCAACCCCCGACCACCUCGCAAGCCUGCAUCAAGGUGGGCGCUGCCCUUCGCCGAGCCGAAAAGGAGAAGCGCGACUACUACACCGGUUUCAACCAUGGAAAAACUCUGAUCGUCCCUGCGGCGAUGACGACAACCGGUGGGUUCGCCUCCUCCUUUGUGGAUCUGCUUGGUCAGCUCGCCCGCUGCGCCGAGGCCCGUGAUGCAUCCCAAUUUGGUGUUGCCUUUGGCACCAAUGCGCCACCACGGGCCGGCUCUCGGACUCAACCACCCCACCAUGUUUGGCACCGAGCCUACCAAACCUCAACAAAGUGGGAGUCCUAUCGCGGUGACAGCAAGAAAGGUCUUGACUCCCUCAAAGAAAAUGUCAACUCGGCCCUCGUUCUUCUCCAAGCCGAGCCCUUGCUGCAUAUGGCCACCCUCGAUCUAGAGGGCUGCACCGCCGCUGGUAUCCAGGAUAUUUAUGGCGACAUUUCUUCCGACCUGGACUACCUCAUCUACGUCAACGACAUCAUGGUUGACUGGAUCUUACCGUGCUUGAGAGGUGACCUUGCCUCUCGGUUUCAGCGCGAAAAAUCACGCCAACGCAUCGUCUUGGGCGCCUGGUUCAAACAGAUGGGCGCCCUCUUCCUCCAGACCACUCGUCACGACAUUACCCAAGCCUCUCAGGCUCUUCGCGACCAACGCAUCCGCACGGCCGACGACUUUCCUGUCUACCGCUCCUCCAUCACUGCCGCCGUCGACACCCUUCGCAUUGAGGGCGCCUACUCGGCUACACUCGUCAUCGCCCAACUGGUUGAUGGCCUGCCUUCGAAACUCAGGGACGUGAUUGCAAACCUGUAUCAACCGUCUUGGGAUUUGGGCAAGUUCUUUGAGGUGGUGACUGCUAACCUGCACAAACUCACGCCUGCUGGUGCCCGCGCCGAACCUAAACAGGGUGCCUUUGCUGUUGAGCAUGGUGGAGGGCGCGGGCGCGGGCAUGGCCGUGGACGUGGUCGCGGACGCGGUCGUGGACGUGGUCGUAGCCGUGGUCGCCAUGGUAUACACCACGGGCCCCACCCAAAUAAAUAA